AGUACUUUUAUCCUGUAAUGAUCUCAAACAACUUUAUUUCGUUAGAAACCUUCGCCAUGCCACACAAUCACAACUUCGACGAGGUAACACCUAAACCGCCUCCGAGAAACAAGUAUUUGUCAUGUUUUAAAACAAACGCUUUGGUAAUCUUUACCCUUAGCGGCGUAAUCUUGGGCGCCAUCCUCGGGUUCUGCCUUCGAGGAGUAAAGGAUUGGACACCCAGGGAACAGGAGUAUGUAGGAUACGUGGGUGAUGUGUUUCUUCAGAUGCUGAAGUCUUUGAUCGUUCCUCUUAUUGUAUCAUCGCUAAUAUCUGCCAUAGCUAGUUUGGAUUUGUCCCUGUCUGGGAAAAUAUCGGCUAGAGCUAUAAGCUACUACUUGACGACGACGUUUGCAGCCGUUGUCUUGGGAAUGAUAUUGGUGGUUUCUAUAAGACCUGGGAAAGGAGGCAGUGAUAGUGCGGAUAAUGGUCCGAGUGAAUCAAGUAGAAACGCAUCUACCACCGAUACUUUGUUAGAUCUUGUCAAAAAUAUGUUCCCUCCAAAUUUAAUUGAAGCAUGUGUUUUUCAGUACCGUACAAAGUCAUCAGAUGGUAUUUCCAAAUCAGUAAUGGAAUCAGUGCAAACGACGAACAUUCUGGGUUUGGUGGUAGCCUCGACAGCCAUAGGAAUAGCAUUAGCCCAAUUAGGAGAAGAAGCAAAAACUUUGGCUAACUUGUUCCAUAGUUUAAUGGCAGUCAUGAUGAGGAUCACCACAUGGGUGAUAUGGCUUUCUCCGCUUGGAGUUAUGUUCUUGGUGGCAUAUCAAGUUCUGCAAAUGGCCGACAUAGCUUUGGUCUUAUCAUCCAUUGGCAAAUAUUUUGGUACAGUUUGCCUAGGCUUGUUCAUUCAAGGAUUCGUUAUUCUUCCUAUAAUAUAUUAUAUAAUGACGAGAAAGAAUCCUGUGACUGUUGUGAUUAGUCUUGGAGAAGCUAUAGCAACUGCCUUUGGAACUGCUUCAAGUUCUGCGACACUACCAGUGACCAUUCGUUGCCUAGAGGAUAAGCUAGGAGUAGACAGAAGAGUUGCCAGGUUCUGCCUACCGAUUGGUUCAACGAUAAAUAUGGAUGGCACGGCCCUUUAUGAAGCUGUAGCCGCCAUUUUUAUAGCACAGGUUAGGGGCAUACCCCUGGGUAUAGGAAAGCUGAUUGCCAUUAGUAUAACUGCCACAGCAGCUAGCAUUGGGGCUGCUGGUAUACCCCAAGCUGGUAUGGUCACCUUGGUGAUGGUUUUGGAUACGGUUGGGCUGAAUGCAAGUGACGUCACUCUCAUUAUCGCACUUGAUUGGUUGCUGGACCGUUUUCGCACUGCUAUCAAUGUUAUGGGGGAUUCCUUUGGAGCUGCAAUUGUAAAUCACCUCAGUCAGAAAGAACUAGGUGCUCUGCAAGAGGAACAUACAUAUGCCAAUCCAUACGAAGAGAUUUACGUGACGAAUAUUGAUUCCGAUGAGCCAGAGAAAAGAAAUAGUUUGUACGAUCAAUAAAGUAUUCGAAUUUUCACAAAGAUAUAAAGACUUAUUAUGUAAGAGUAUUUAUUUACUGUAUUUUAUACAUAACACUAAAGCAUAUUUUUGCAUCUCAUACGGUUAUCCAAAAAUAAAUUCCUGAAUAAUAAUAAUUAAUAAAUCACUUGAUUUUCCCAAAACAAGCUGCAGACAGAACUUAUGCUUACAUAACGUUUAUAGUGAUUUAAUUUAUCAUAAACAUUUUUAGAUGUGUUGCUGAAAUGAAUAUACCAAUUAUUUUUAAUGUUAAUAAUAAAUAGAAUGAAAGGAAACAUUGCUUCCGGUGAAAAAAAUAAUUUUAAAUUUAAUAAAUUAUCUGAUUACUUGCAUUAUACAUCAUCUAAAAACGGCUAUAUUAUAAAAAGUAUUUGAAUAGUGGCUGUGACCAUUUUUGAAAUGUAGUAUUUGUUAUUGAUGAACUUUUCUCAUUAGAGCAAAUAUGACUGUAUAAUUCGACAAAGCAAGUAGGAAUGUAGGUAUUAACUAUGCAAAGUCUGAAAAUAGUUGUAGAUGUGAUAUUGUUUAAUCGAUAAUAUAUUAUUUUUUAGAAA